ACACAAACGUGGUUAGUCAAAGUCCCCGUGUCUGUGUUUUCUUCAGGCUGCUUUUGUCAGAGUAACAAUUAUGUCCGAUCUCUCACUGAAAGAUAGGGAGCUGAUGUACAGGCUGAUAAUUAGUCAGCUGUAUUAUGACGGUUACCAGGAGGUGGCCACAAACUUGGUAGCAGCUUGUAAUCCAUCAACAGCUUCAUGUCCGCCCUCCGAGCGCCUUUUCAAAAUUGUUGGUAUGGGCCUAAGACUAGAGGAAGAUCAGCAAAAUAAAAACAACUUUGAAGUGGUGGCACCAGGAACAGGGAUUGAUCUUGAGUUUGAGACUGAUGUGCAAACCAUAUCCCCAGAAGCGGCGCUCUACGAGACUUGCUACGUGACAGCCCACAAGGGCGCAUGCAGAGCUGGAGCCUUCCAUCAUACAGGAAUGCUGAUAGCGACAGGUUCAGAAGAUGCCUCCAUUAAGAUUCUUGAUGUGGAACGUAUGUUGGCUAAGAGUGCUACCCCUGCAGAGAUAAUCGCCAUGGAAACCCCCCAACAGACAAUGGAGAAUCACCCAGUUAUUCGCACAUUGUACGACCACAACGCUGAAGUGACGUGCAUCGACUUUCACCCAGUACAUCAGAUCCUUGCUUCAGGUAGCAAAGAUUACAGUGUCCGCUUCUUCGAGUUUUCAAAACCCUCCGUUAAAAAGGCCUACAAAAGCAUUCAAGAAGCUGCAAUUGUUCGCUGUUUGUCAUUUCAUCCAUCUGGGGAGUUUUUAUUGGUUGGAACUCAACAUCCCACAAUUCGGUUAUACGAUGUGAACACAUUCCAGUGCUAUGUCGCCAAUAAUCCAGCAGAGCAUCACAAAGGCCCCAUAACUUCUGUAAAGUACUGCUCCAGCGCCAACCUGUACGCCAGCAGUUCCAAAGAUGGAGAUAUCAAACUGUGGGACGGUGUCAGCAACAAAUGUAUCAACACAUUCCACAAGGCCCACGAAGGCCAUGAAGUUUGCUCUGUGGUCUUCUCCAGAAACUCAAAGUAUAUCCUGUCCAGUGGUAAGGACUCCAUGGUGAAACUGUGGGAGUUGUCAACAAGCCGUUGCCUGAUCAUGUAUACAGGUGCCGGGGCCACUGGGAGACAGGAACACAGAACCUCGGCCGUCUUCAAUCACACAGAGGACUACGUUCUGUACCCAGACGAGAAAACAACCAGUCUCUGCUGUUGGGAUUCCAGAAAUGCUGAACGACAAAAACUGCUGGCUUUGGGUCAUAACGCCAGUGUCCGUCAGAUCACACACUCCCCGACAGGCCCCGCCUUCAUCACCUGUAGCGACGACUUUCGUGCUCGUUUCUGGUACAGAAAGGCCACAACGGACUGA